ACAGAACCAGAUGUAGACCUGGUGGUCCGUCUUUAGCCCAGGCUGUGUGGAGCCCCCUGCUGGCCUGGAGGCCUAAUGCAGCAGCUGUGUUUGCUUAUCCCUCUGGCCGGCUCUGCCUCUGCUUACAUUGUGCUUGUUGAAGCCAGACGUUGCCUGUGUGAGGCUGACCUUGCUGUGACCUUGCUGUGACCUUUCUGCUGCCAGUGAUCAGUGAGGAUGAAGAUGAGGAUGACGAGCUGCAGGCCGUGCAGAAGGAGCUGGAGGAGCUGCAGGCCAGGAAGGAGGAGCUGGAGCGAGGCGGGGUCACCUUCACGGCCAGCGCCGACGGAGGCACGUUUCCUCUACCGCCCCCUGCUGGCCGCACUACAACUCACACAGCUCACCUCUGACCUCUGACCUCUUCAGGUUGCACGGCACAGCGGCCGUCCUACAAGGAGACGCCGCGCGGAGGAAUCUACAUGCUGCCGCCGCCGCCGGGCAGAGAGGGAGCCGCUGCAGACGGAGCGACGGACGACGUCCUGCCAGCGGAGCGGCUGGGAAUGACGGCUGGACUCACCAAGUGUCCAUCAUGUGGCGAGCUGGUCGUCACGGAAACCCACAGCACGGUGAGCGAAAGCAUGUGGCUGCUGUGCUUCCUGUGCUCCAUGAUGGGCUGUUUGGCUGGUUGUUGUCUCCUUCCGUUCCGCAUGAAGCGACUCAGGAACGUUCAUCACAUCUGCCCUCGGUGCCGCCACCAGAUCCACACCUACAAGCUGCUCUGACCAGGAACUGUUCACACCAGGAACCGUUCACAUCAGGAACUGUUCACACCAGGAACUGUUCACACCAGGAACUGUUCACAUCAGGAACUGUUCACACCAGGAACUGUUCACACCAGGAACUGUUCACAUCAGGAACUGUUCACAUCAGGAACUGUUCACAUCAGGAACUGUUCACAUCAGGAACUGUUCACAUCACUGUUCACACACUAUUCUCCUUCCCCCCAAUGGAAAUCUGAAUAGUGUGGUGUGCAUUUGUGUUUUCAUCAUCUUUCACCUUCUUUUUGCUGCGGUUCUUUGGAAAACAGCCAAAUCUCAGUCAGAUGGGAUAAAACCAGGUGCAUCCCCACAGCCUGAUGCAGCCGCUGCUGUACUUCACACUGAGAGACAAAUCCAAAUGCAAACUGCUUCCGUUUGGUUUCACUCUUCAGUGAGCUCUACUUUGUGUUGGUCGCUCGGAGGACAAACGCUGCAGGCUGAGAUGUGAGUAAACGGGGUGAAUAGUUUCUGCGAGGCGCUGUGUUGGUCCGGCCCGAUUGGACCGGGUCCAGCUGUAAAUAUUUCCUCUGACAGUUUGAGUGGAGCCUCUGUUUGGACACCUGCAGGAAACGACCGGCCGUCAUAUCUCAUCAUUUCAUCUCCCAGGCAAAUGUGGCGGUGGAACGUCCACAUUACGCAACAUUUACUGCAGUUUCUACUCAGUUUGCUGCCUGUUGGAGCCGAAUGCUUUACUUACUGACUAAAUACAGCAAACAGCUUCAUUUACUGGGCAUCAGAGCUGCUGGUGGUGAUGCAGGUCACUGUCUGGUUAAUGGAUCAUGUCAUGUUUCAGAGUGGAAAAAAGAAGCUUUUCAUUUAUAUUAAAAUCCCCUCAGAUCCUGCA